AUGGUGCACUAUUUCGAGUUCUCUGCCUCUAUCAAGACCUUUCGGUCUGAUUCUGGCGGAGAAUACACCUCUCAUGCUUUUCGUACCUAUUUGUCUUCUGAGGGCACCUUGCCUCAACUAUCCUGUCCUGGGGCUCAUCCUCAGAAUGGGGUCGCUGAGCGCAAGCACCGCCACAUUUUAGAGACAGCCCGAGCUCUCCUGCUUGGCGCCUCUCUUCCUCCUCACUUCUGGGCUGAUGCUGUUCACACUGCUGUCUAUCUUAUUAAUAUGCAACCCUCAUCCCAUCUUCAGGGUCGUAGUCCCGUCUUGAACACAAAGGAUAUCAUCAGUAUGACCCGAUCACUCGUCGCUUUCAGCAUCUCUCGAGAUGUUAUGUUUGAUGAGACCACUCCUUUUUAUGCUUCCCCCCCUUCUACUACAUCUACUUCUCCCACUGUUCCUCUUUCUUUCCUUUUCCUCUCUCAUCCAUCGAGGAUACUCCCCAGCUUCCACUACUUCUCCCAUGUCCUCCUCUCCAAAGAUUCUCUCUCCCUCAUCUCCUAUUCCAUCUCCCUCCUUAUCUGUAGAUUCCUCCUCACUUAUCAUCGUCGGGAACCUACAGCAUCUUCACCUCGGCCGGUCCUCUCUGACACUCCUUCUACUGCUGAUCCUGAUCCUGAGGUACCCUCUCACACUUACAUUCUACGUGAUCGAUCCACUUUACAUCCUCCUGACCGUUAUGCUACUGCUAGCACUAGUGUCUCGCAUGUCCUUGAGCCAGGUACCUACAGAGAGGCGGUGCAGUCACCUGAGUGGCGUACUGCCAUGGCUGAGGAGCUUGAUGCCUUGUCCCAGACUCAUUCUUGGGAUUUAGUUCCCCUCCCUUCUCAUGCUACUCCGAUCACAUACUGCUGGAUUUACAGGGUGAAGACUCGUUCUGAUGGGUCUCUCGAGCGCUAUAAAGCGUGUCUGGUUGCUCGUGGUUUCCAGCAGGAGCAUGGUCGUGACUAUGAGGAGACCUUUGCCCCUGUGGCCCACAUGCAUCUCGUGACGUACGUUGAUUCUCGCUUGCUACUGCUCGAGUGGACUUACAUCGACUUGAUGUGA